AUGUUUGGGGACCCCACCAUGGCGCUCCAGCUCCACGUCGCGGGUUCUUCCUACAAACACAGUGGGGACCCCCACCAGCACCCCUCCGCGUGCCACGGCCGCGAGGACCCCUCCGUUGCCGCCUCAUACGCCAGCAGCACGCGGGACUUCCUGGCGCGGAACCUCGGCUUCGUGGCGCCGGAGUCCUCAUCCCCCGGGGCAAUCGUGGACCGCCAGGCCCAGGAGCACCUAUUCCGGUCCAUGACCGGCUCCCUACUGCCGCACCACCCGGGCGGAGAGCGCCCGGCGCACGGCCACAGCCAGCUCCGAUUCCCGGGAUUCCACCCACACCACCACCACCUCCACCACCCAGAGCAGCAGCUGGUGGGCCGGUUCCCGGGGCUCCCCGCGGGGGUCGGGAUGGAGAUGUUCAGCCAGGAUCAGCUCCACCACGGAGCGUCCGGCGCUCGAGGCGAGACCUGUGGCGACUACGGCCCCCCGGGGGGGCUCAACAUGGGGCUCGCGGGCCACCAUCACCCCGGGGCGGGGGCGUUCUUCCGGUACAUGCGCCCGCAAUACACGAAGCAGGACCUCAUCUGCCGGUGGACCGGGCCGGACCACGCGGCAGAACCGGCGGGCGAGGCGCAUCGGUUCUGCGGGCGCACCUACGGCACCAUGCAGGAGCUCGUGACGCACGUCUCCGUGGAGCACGUGGGGGGUCCCGACCAGAGCCACCACGUCUGCUGCUGGGAGGACUGCCUGCGCGAAGCACAGCCCUUCAGGGCCAAGUACAAGCUCGUGAACCACAUACGCGUGCACACCGGAGAGAAGCCCUUCACGUGCCCCUUCCCGGGCUGCCUCAAGGUGUUUGCGCGCUCGGAAAACCUCAAGAUACACAAGCGGACGCACACAGGGGAGAAGCCGUUCGUGUGCGACUUCUUCCAGUGCGACCGGCGCUUCGCCAACAGCAGCGACCGCAAGAAGCACAUGCAUGUGCACACGUCCGACAAGCCCUACGUGUGCAAGAUGUGCGACAAGUCCUACACGCACCCCAGCUCCCUGCGCAAACACACCAUGAAGGUUCACGUCUCCCUCGCCGACGCCGACUGCUCCCCAGCGACCAGCAGCGGCUACGAGUCCCUCUCCUCCCCCCAGGAGACGGGCUCCCCCGGGUCCGACUCCCAGGGGCCCGCGUCCCCGGACCCCGAGGGGCCCCCCCGCGGCCCCGUUCCGUCCAACUACAGCGAAUGGUACACGGUGGCGGGCCAGGAGGUCCGGGGCAGCGGCUUCAUGUGA